GAUUUGUCGUCUGCUAGUUCGCGCGAGCGCGGAGUCUUCCCACGAUGUUUCUCCGAGGAUGUUCAUCAGCUUGAGAUACAGCAUCAUUUCUGUCUACUGACCGAUGUGACGUAAGCAUUGGAUGCAUCACUGUAGCUGUUGAAUGGUACGUCGCAAUUGUUCUAUGAAUAGCUGUUGUUCAACAAAACGUUUGGAUAUCAUUUAAGACGUUGUAUUGUGUUCACGACAUCGUUGCAGAUAUUCGAAAGGACGUUGACGAUACCACGACGUCGACAAUUUUGAGACUAUCUGUUUUAAUUAAAUUUUUUGUAGACGCUGAAAGGAAUGUCGUACAGUUUGCUAUAAAGGAUUUUGUAACAGAAAGACAAUUGGAAACUGUAGAAAGACCUUCUGACUGUUACAAGUCAAAUCUGGUACAUACUGAAGACAACGUUGUAGCUGCCUACCUGUAUUCGCGAUGAUGUCGUGUGUUCGGCUGCUGCUCGUGCUGUGUCUGCUCUGUAAGGACGUCGUCGUGGAUGCUGAUGUUCGACUUCUGUCGCCCCCGCAGCGUUCCUCCAUGUGGCGAUACGGACACGCCGUGCCAGAGAACAAGAAUGACGGAAAGUUGAACUGUGGCGGGUUCGAAAAACAGUGGAACGGAACGUUUUGCUGCAGACUCUGCGGCGACCCUUGCGACGGAGAUCUCGAAAACGAGGCUCCCGGGAAGUACGUUACGAACAUCAUUCCGGAAACGUACGACCAAGCCUCGGUGAUCUCCGUGACCGUGGAGCUGUUCCCGACUCAGCAGCUGGGUUACAUGGAGUUUCGGCUGUGCGCCCUACAGAACGUGGACGACCAGGUGACCCAGACCUGCCUUGACCAGAACCUCCUUUCGAUCGUGGAGACGAACGGCAUGUCCAAGUUCUACCCCGGGAGUCACUCCGGAAACUUCUCUCUCAGUCUCCAGCUGCCGAAGUCGGUGACGUGCGAGCAUUGUGUGCUACAGAUGAAGUAUGUGGCAGGGAAUCGACCACCGGAAGAAGGAAGCUCUUGCCAGUGUUUGGGAUGUGGAAAACAAGAGCAUUUCUUUAACUGCGCCGACAUCAAAAUCAUUACGCCCACCAACAGCAGCACGCCGGUCACGAACGAACCAUCGACGACACAAAGUAGUGCCAAUGGCGGCAGCAGCACGUCAGGAGGGUCAACGACAGACAGCAGCCCAGAUACUGCUACAACGACACCGGCCUCGGUGAGUACUCAGUCGACGAACGGUUCAUCCACCAGUGCCGGGGCAGGUACUACAGCCACAAGCGGAACCACGGCGGACACAAGCAGUGCGAACACUGGGGCUGGUGGCAACAACACUGGAGGAACGACUGUCGGACCGGCCGUUGGGACUGGUGUUACAGGAAACACGAGCACUGGUGCCACAGCGAACGUGGGACCAGAUGGCGGAUCUACGGGAGGAAACACGAGUACUGGAAACACUGCCACAGGUAGCAUCGGAAGCGGAAAUAGUACUGGAAGCGGAAGUAGUAUUGGAACGGGAAAUGAUGGAAACAAGCCAGGAGACGACCUAGUGGGCACGGAGGCCCCGUGCACGCCGAAGUCUAAAGACUACCAGUGUGCGUCACGCGUCAGCUACAUAUCUGACAGGUGGUGCCUGCAGAACUGUCUCCUCGGCAACUGCAACCAGAUGAUGUGCUACUGCUACUGCAUGGAUAUGUCCGUGGGCCAAGCCGCGCCCCCGCCCCCGCCGCCGCUGUCGAAAUCGUGCAAGGCUGCGGCGGAUCCGAUCUACGAUGUGUGGUGCGAGACGAACUAUGUCAAUCACUGGUGUCCCUCCAUGUUCUGUCGAAUCGUCGUCAACUCGCUAAACGCCAUAAGCGGCAACUGAUGACGUCAUCACAUUUCGUCGACUGGCAGUCAGACAAUGACGUCACCAACUGCCAUUGGCUGAUGAUAAACGAUGACGUUAUCAAAUGUAGUCGGCUAAUAAAUGAACGAUGACGUCAUCAAACGUUGUCGGGUGAUCAUAAACGAUGACAUUAUCAAAGGUUGACGACAGACGAUAAGUCGAUGACGUCAUUAAAUAUCAUCAGCUGAUGAUAAACGGCGACGUCAUGAGAUGGCAUUAGGUCUCACUACACAGAUCACUUCCGGGUGAGAGUUCAUUCAACAUAUUCAUCAUGGUCCACUAUAGUUCCUAAUUGUGACACAUAUUCACUUAUAGGAAAUGGUGAAGAAUUAAAACAAU